GGGGCUGGUGGGCUGGGUGGUGGCACUGAGGUGGUUGAAUACCAGUCCCUGGGCACAGGGGUGAAUCCAUCCUCGGUCUCCCACCCCUUGGGAAGCCAGUGGUGCCACGAGAGAGUGUGGUGCUGGAGAGUGGUGCUCGGCUUGGUCCAAGUCAAGGCAGUGGCUGCAGGCAGCAGCUGGGCACAGAAGGCAGGGCUGCCUGGAAAAGCUGGCGGUGGUGGCUCUGGCUGCACAGUGGGACCAUGGUGCUGCAGCUCGUGCCAAAACUGAGCUGCUGCAUCAGCCUUGCUGGGUCUCAGGGCCAAAAGCCUCAUCUACUCAUGGCAGGCAGCACUGGUGGCUUGUGCUGGGGCACCCAGUGGCCCACGGGGAGGUUUGGUUUGUCAGUCCACAGGUGAGAUGCAGGAAACCAAAAUGAGGUGCCUGCAGAAAUGUCCACUGCUGCACUGACGGUGCCCAUGGAGGUUGUGCCCAAGCCUGGCAUGAGUGGUGUUUUGGGGCACACACCAGGUGAGCAGUGCCACUGUUGGCAGCUGCAUGGUCCCCUGUAGAGGCAGAUGCGAUAUUGGUGCUCCUGCUCCCAGGCUGGCGCUGGCUGAGCGCAGUGCCUGCUGGCUCACCACAGACCAGCUGGAGACUCGUUGCUUAACAACACACUGGAGUGGAGUAGGAAGUGUUUUGUCACCACGAAAUGGGAAGAGAUCACCAUUUUCUCGACAGGCAGGGCAGCAUCUGUUUGCUCUGUGUCCAUGCAGAUGUCCCUGCAGUGCUGGGGACUUUGGUUUUUUGUGUCAUGGUGGCGGUGUCGUGGCCAGGGCUGUUCCUGGCCCUGCCACCGCUGCCCCUUAUCAAGCAUCCUCAAUUUCCAACAGCAGCUUGUCCUGUUAAUGGCCAUCCCACCUUCCCUUUCCUCCUUGCUGGCGUUCUUAUGCCUCCCCAGUCCCCUCCUUGCCAGCAGCAUUUCUAGCUUGGUGAUUUCUGUGAAUGUGGAAACGUUCCUCCCUUUUUAUAAGGGAAAAAUUCAUUUUUAGCCAGCUCUGGGUUAUUGUUCCUCUUCCUGCUCAGGGGUGGGUGUGCCAGGCUCAGGGGCUCCAGCCGUGGCUGCUCCUCUCGGACCCGCUGCCUCUGUCCCCCAGCGUGUGCCCCUGACUGAGGGACCCUAUCAGCUCUUCUGGAGCUGUGUGGGCCGUGGGGUGUUUCUGAGGCUGAACAAAGUGCUUUGGGGAGCUGGGGAGCCACAGCCCCCGCUGGCCCGGUCGUUCUGCUUGCCACCAGCCAUUGCAGUGAUGGGGUCCUGUGAUGAUCACUCGGCCUUGGGACAUGGCCCGAGGUCCUGCACAUCUGCCCAGCCCCUCUGUGUGGUGCUAGAUCCCAGGAGGUUUGGGUGUGAGUGUAUCUAAAUGCUAUUUACUGCUGCCUCCUCGUCUUGGGGGGGGAGCCUUGAGCACCACUGUAUUACCCUCAAACACUCAGCCACCAGGUGUGACUGCCCAGGGGAUGCACUGGGAUUUAGCAGAGGUGCUGUCUCUGCUGUCCCAUCCCUGGCUGCCCCAUGGGAGCUGAGGCUGUAUGGCGGGUGGAACCUGGCAGUGCUCCUGCAUGGAGCCAGCGCUGCCCCAAAACUGCUUUGAGAAGCUUCGUGUGUCUCCACCAGGACAUAGGUCAUGCAGUAGCCCUGGGAUCAGGGACCUACCGGGGUCUGUGGUGCCACGUGGUCCCUUGGGGCCGGGACUGCUUCUGCCCGUCAGCACUGCCAGGGUGUGGGCAGGAGCAGGGCGAGCGCAGGGGGGGCCUCUGCUCUGCGUCACCCUGGAUUUCUGGCCAGCCCUCCCUCCCCUCAGCCCCGUUUCCUCAUUUGCGUGGCCAGCGAUGGCUGCGAUCCCGUGGCGCAGCGAGGGGAAAUGAGAACCAUGUGGAGAGGCCGCGCAGAGGCGCGUCCCUGGCCCCGGGCACCCCCAGGGUUCUUCCUAGAAAAGAGGGGGUGACUCAGAGCCAGGGUCCCCAGCCCCCACACGCCCCUUCUUUCAGCCACUGGAGACAGCGCUGGCAGCGCCAGAGACUCCAGAGACUCCUGCAAGGGAAAACACGGAAGCUCCUGCAAAGGGUGUGGGGACAGCUGGGGCUGGACCCUGUGCAGCACAGCGCCCGCCUGUCUGCCAGGGGUGCCCUGACAGCCCGUCUCCCGCAGGUGCUGAGCCAUGGCCGUGUGGAUCCAGGCCCAGCAGCUCCAGGGCGAAGCCCUGCGGCAGAUGCAGGCGCUCUACGGGCAGCACUUCCCGAUCGAGGUGCGGCACUACCUGUCACAGUGGAUCGAGAGCCAGGCAUGGGACUCCAUUGACCUCGACAACCCCCAGGAGAAUGUGAAGGCAACGCAGCUGCUGGAGGGGCUGAUCCAGGAGUUGCAGAAGAAGGCAGACCAUCAAGUGGGUGAGGAUGGCUUCCUGCUGAAGAUCAAGCUGGGGCACUAUGCCACGCAGCUGCAGAACACGUAUGACCGGUGCCCCAUGGAGCUGGUGCGCUGCAUCCGGCACAUCCUCUACCAUGAGCAGCGGCUGGUGCGGGAGGCCAACAAUAGCCCCUCGCCCGCUGGCUCCCUGGUGGAUGCCAUGUCCCAGAAGCACCUGCAGAUCAACCAGACCUUCGAGGAGCUGCGGCUCAUCACGCAGGACUCGGAGAACGAGCUCAAGAAGCUGCAGCAGACACAGGAGUACUUCAUCAUCCAGUACCAGGAGAACAUGCGCCUUCAAGCCCAGUUCUCCCAGCUCUCUCAGCUGGGCCCCCAGGAGCGCAUGUCUCGGGAGACGACGCUGCAACAGAAGAAGGCGUCGCUGGAGGCCUGGCUGCACCGGGAGGCCCAGACACUACAGCAGUACCGCGUGGACCUGGCUGAGAAGCACCAGAAGACGCUGCAGCUGCUGCGCAAGCAGCAAACGACCAUCCUGGAUGACGAGCUGAUCCAGUGGAAGCGUCGGCAGCAGCUGGCAGGGAACGGGGGCCCACCCGAGGGCACCCUGGACGUGCUGCAGACCUGGUGCGAGAAGCUGGCGGAGAUCAUCUGGCAGAACCGGCAGCAGAUCCGCCGCGCUGAGCACCUGUGCCAGCAGCUGCCGAUCCCGGGCCCCGUGGAGGAGAUGCUGUCAGAGCUGAACGGCACCAUCACCGACAUCAUCUCUGCGCUGGUCACCAGCACCUUCAUCAUCGAGAAGCAGCCCCCCCAGGUGUUGAAGACACAGACCAAGUUCGCAGCCACCGUGCGGCUCCUGGUGGGGGGGAAGCUGAACGUGCACAUGAACCCCCCCCAGGUUAAGGCCACCAUCAUCAGUGAGCAGCAAGCCAAGGCCCUGCUGAAGAACGAGAGCACCCGCAACGAGAGCAGUGGGGAGAUCCUUAACAACUGCUGCGUGAUGGAGUAUCACCAGGCCACUGGAACGCUCAGUGCCCACUUCCGCAACAUGUCCCUGAAGCGGAUCAAGCGCUCGGAUCGCCGUGGGGCCGAGUCAGUGACGGAAGAGAAGUUCACCAUCCUCUUCGAGUCGCAGUUCAGUGUUGGUGGCAACGAGCUGGUCUUCCAGGUGAAGACGCUGUCCCUGCCGGUGGUAGUGAUCGUGCACGGGAGCCAGGACAACAACGCCACAGCCACUGUGCUCUGGGACAAUGCCUUUGCCGAGCCCGGCCGCGUGCCCUUCGCCGUGCCCGACAAGGUGCAGUGGCCGCAGCUCUGCGAGGCGCUCAACAUGAAGUUCAAGGCGGAGGUGCAGAGCAGCCGCGGGCUGACCAAGGAGAACCUGGUGUUCCUGGCACAGAAGCUGUUCAACAGCACCAGCUCCCACCUGGAGGACUACAGCAGCACCACGGUGUCCUGGUCCCAGUUCAACCGGGAAAACCUGCCCGGGAGGAAUUACACCUUCUGGCAGUGGUUUGACGGGGUCAUGGAGGUGCUGAAGAAGCAUCUGAAGCCGCACUGGAAUGACGGGGCCAUCCUGGGCUUCGUCAACAAGCAGCAGGCACACGACCUGCUCAUCAACAAGCCCGACGGGACUUUCCUCCUGCGCUUCAGCGACUCGGAGAUCGGUGGCAUCACCAUCGCCUGGAAGUUCGAUUCCUCUGAGAGGAUGUUCUGGAACCUGAUGCCUUUCACCACCAGGGACUUCUCCAUCCGCUCCCUGGCCGACCGCCUUGGGGACCUCAGUUACCUUAUUUACGUGUUCCCUGACCGGCCCAAGGACGAGGUGUUCUCCAAGUACUACACGCCGGUUCUCUGUGAGUCCACGCCAGCUAAAGCCGUGGAUGGAUACGUGAAGCCACAGAUCAAGCAAGUGGUGCCAGAGUUUGUCAAUGCAUCAGGCGAUUCUGCCCCUGGAGGGGCCACCUACAUGGACCAGGCACCCUCGCCUGCCGUCUGCUCCCAGCCCCAUUACAACAUGUACACCCAGAACCCCGACCCCGUGCUGGACCCUGAGGGUGAUUUCGACCUGGAUGACACGAUGGACGUGGCGAGGCACGUGGAGGAGCUGCUGCGGCGCCCCGUGGACAGUCAGUGGAUCCCUCACGCCCAGUCGUGACGGGCAGGCACCUGGUCCCUCGCCACCGGCCCUGGCGCUGUGGGGACUGUGCUGUGUUUGUGUCUCUGUGCCGGGGGGGGCGGCGGGUGGGCUCUGCCCCCAGGAUUUGCUCCGUGCUGCCCUGAAACACAGGCUGGCGUCCGGCUCUUUGGUGUUCAUGCCCUUGUAUAAAACGGCAGCGGAUUUGUCGCAUGGUUUUCCUGUAUGUUCCUUUUAAGAGGCCCAGCUUCGGCUUUCCGCUUCUGCCAGCACCAGCCCUGCAGCCCCCUGCUCCCCCCGCGGGGCUGCUGGGGCAGGGGCUGGGAGCCCGGCCUCAGGUUUGCUUUCGCAGUCGUCACUAAGAAUGUACGUGUCGCCUUCUUGUUCUCCCCCCGCGGCUCUGUCCCCAGGGGUGUGUUGGGGGCGUGGGGCGGAGCGGGGGUUCAGCCGGGGCUCCCCCCCGGCCAGUGCUGCUCUCUGCUCCACAGCGGCGGGGUCCCCUCCCGGACCUCAUCUCCUCCUCUGGCCCCCAAGGAUGCAGGAGCCCCUCCGGCCUCAGUGUCCCCUCCAGAGCCGCUGCAGCACGAGGGUGGCAGGGUGCAAGGGCACCCAGCAAGGGCAGUCGGGUGGGCAGGGGGUUUGGAGGAGCGGAGCCUUCUGCCCCCCACCUCUCCCCUUGCCCUGGCGGGAAGCUCUGGGGUCCUGGCCAUGUUAUUUUUCUACCACAGAGUAAAUAAAGCACGGAAUAUUUUUAUAACACAAAA